AUGGAAGUGGACACAGUGAGCUACGCCAGCAGGAGCCUGACUGAUGUAGAGCGCAGAUACUCCCAAACGGAGGAGGCUCUCGCAUUGGUGGGGGCAUGCGAGCGUUUCCACGCAUAUCUAUAUGGUAUUGAAUUCGAGAUGUUGACGGAUCACAAACCGUUGGAAGGUGUAGUACGUUAUGAACUAGCGACGCUGGGACAGCUUAUUUUGAGAGGUACUAAAUUAGUAAUACCAACCUCACUGAGGAAGAGAACUGUACAGUUGGCACAUGAGGGCCACCAGGGCAUUGUUAAGACUAAACAGAGACUACGAACCAAGGUGUGGUGGCCUGGUAUUGAUCGUGCGGCAGAACACGUGUGUAGAAUGUGUCACGAGUGUCAAUUGGUAGGGACGCCUUCUCCGCCAGAACCGCUUAAGAGAACGGAGUUGCCAACAGGACCCUGGCAGGAUCUAGCAGCAGAUCUGCUUGGUCCAAUGCCAAUGGGGGAAUAUCUGCUGGUAGUCGUCGAUUAUUACAGCCGUUAUUUCGAAAUCGACGUGCUAAAGUCUGUGACGUCAGAGAAAGUGAUUGCGUCAAUGGAUAACAUGUUCACUACUCACGGCUUGGCAUCAUCAGUAAAGACUGAUAACGGACCUCAGUUCGUUUCAGACAAAUUCGAGUCAUACAUGAAGAACGACAUAGAACAUAGGAGGUCAACGCCGUUGUGGCCGCAGGCUAGCAGCGAGGUCGAGAGGCAAAACAGGACAUUGCUUAAAUCUAUGAAAAUCGCACAGGCUCAAAACCGAGACUGGAAGUUGGAACUGAACAAGUUUCUAACCGCGUAUAGGUCGACUCCACACACGACAACAGGGGUAAGCCCAGCCGAGCUGCUGUUUGGCAGGAAAAUACGUACCAAGUUACCAGAUGUCAUACGCCUAGGCGUGAGCGAGGAGGACGCGACUUCUCGCGACAGUGACGUGAGAGAGAGAGAUGCUAAUCGCAAACAGAAAGGGAAGGAGUAUGCAGACAGCCAUCGCGGCACGCAAAAGACUGACAUUGAACCUGAGGAAAGAGUGUUGAUGCAAAGGAGGUAUCCAUGCAACAAACUCUCAACGCGAUUUGAGCACGAGCCAUACACAGUAGUUGGACGGUGUGGUAGUGAGAUUAUAGUGGAGUCGCCUGAAGGAGCACGCUAUCGACGCAAUGUGGCGCACCUGAAAAAGUACUUUGCUGAUCAACCGCGGGAACGCGGAACAGUAACUGUGAAGGGUGAUGACGACAUGGUCCAUCUUGAUGAUGUAAUCGAUGUAGUAUGUAACCAGAACAUUUCAGUGUGA